UUGUCUUCCUAUGUGAGUAAUAUAUUUAUAUAAUAUGGUUGUUUUAAAGUUUUAUUCUUUGAGUUGAAAAACAUUUUGCUUGUGUUAGUAUAGGGAUAUUUCAAUAGAAUGAUCUAACUUUUGAGCAUUGUUCAUGGGAGAAUUGAAAAUGAAGAUACUUUUUGCUGUUUGCUGUCUAGUGUGUAUAGCGCAAGUGAAGGCGCGAGAAGGACAUCCGCCCCAGAUUUCUGUACCACAAGGAAAUAAAUGGUCUCAGACAAAAGUGUAUGUAAGAAAGGCAAGUCCUAAUACAUUUGAAUGCCAGGCUACAGCAAAACCUCAGGCAAAAUAUUAUUGGACUGUAAAUGGGACAGAAAUUGUCUCGGAUGAUAGAGUAGUCACAUUUGACAAGGAUACCGGAACUCUUACAACGGGGCCUCUAUUUGGUGAAUUACAUACGGGAGAUUAUCAAUGCUUUGCCUCAAAUAAAUAUGGUACCGCUAUGACACCUAUCCUUAAAAUCAUAGCUGUAGUCGCAAAUACGUUCAAAGGAACAGGGGUGUCGACAACAGAUUUAGAGGCGGAUGUUUCAAAAUACUUCAAGUUAGAAUGUAAAGAUGUUCCCUAUAGUGUUCCCCAGUGGCUGUUUAGCUGGAAGAAAGGAUUUAUAAGGAAUGGACGAUUGGAAGCAAACCCAGUGAUAAUAUCGGAAAGAUUUGCUAUUGAUAAGAAAGGAAAUCUUCAUUUUCUAUGGGCUGAGAAGUCAGACAAUGGUUACAUAUACGUAUGUUCUACUUUCAACAAUGUUUUACUCAUAGAAGUUAGUAAUACAGAGACAAUCCGACUUACUGUGAAUAAUGGUAUUCUGGGUGACCGUCUUCCAGAGUUGAAGUAUCAUGAAGAUGUACAGGUGUUUGCCGGUGAAGACGCUGAACUUAUGUGUAUAUUUACAUAUUAUUCUAGCAAAGGAGAUAAACUGAAGAUAAUUUGGUUAAGAAAUGGCAUAAAAGUAGGAGAAGGAUACAAACACAAGUUAGAAAAUGUUUUGAUACCUGAUGACAAACAGAAUCAGGAGGGAGAAUACAUGUGUGAGGCUAGGCUCGGAAGUAGUAGUCCAGUUUAUGGAAGAGUUAACCUGAAGAUAGUUUCACCUCCAAGAUUUGUAAGUAGCCCAGAAAAAAAGUUAUUGCCCAUGGGAAAUGACGCUGUAUUCAGUUGCAAGGCAUCAUCGCAUAAUUCAUACAGUGACCCCCCUGUCUGGUUUAUUAAUGCUGAACCUCUUAUAGGCUGCCCUGAUCGACAUUUUGAAUGUUUUGAACUAAAAGCUGGUUCAUCCCAAUGUGUAAAGGAGAAUGUGGUUUGUGACAAUGUUCCUGAUUGUUCUGAUGGAAGUGACGAACUUAACUGUCCAGGAUCAUGUGCCAAGGGUCAAGUCUGGUGUAACGGCAAAUGUGAAAGAACCGGUCUUGAGUGCAAGGGCAUUGACUGCGAGUACCCAGGAUUCCUUUGUAAGGAUAAGAGGGCUUGCUUAACAAAAGAACAAGUUUGCAACGGGUAUAAUGACUGCUCUGAUGGGUCUGAUGAACGUGCUUGCCCUGGUGGUGCAGAUAUCCAACGGCACAGAUGGCAAAUGCCUUCAGAUAGAAAAAGACUUGUGUUAACAAAUGUAACAUUGGAUGAUACUCUGUGUGUGCAGUGUCUGGUACGAAAUAAUUAUGGAUCAACAAUUGGUGAUGCAUGUCUAACUGUUAUUGACAAGAUUGUUGUACUAAAGGGUCCCAAUGCUACAUACGAUGUUGAACCAGGUAUGUCAGUGUUUAUCGAAGUACAGGCAACCACAGAUAGUCUUUUCAUGAAUCAGAUGAAGUUUAAAUGGCAAUGGUAUGAGGAACGCACGGAUAAGAAAACAGGCGUCACUGUUACAAGACCAGAAAUGCUUCCACCAAAGUCGCCACUCGGCAGAUACAUCCGUAUAUCACAGAAUGGUAAGAACGCAACAAUUGUGUUCCCGGAGGUGAAUGCUAAUGACGAGGCCUCGUACAAUUUGUACUGUUCUCUCAAAGACCGUUUAUACACUGUCAUAAUAGAACACCAGUAUGACCGAGUAGAACUCAACUUUACAAUUUACAGCAUCAAUAUCAAUAAUCCAAACAAGAUUGUUGUACUAAAUGGUCCCAAUUCUACAUACGAUGUGGAACCAGGCAUGUCAGUGUUUAUUGAAGUGCAGGCAACCACAGAUAGAUUAUUCAUGAAUCAGAUGACUUUUAAAUGGCAGUGGUACGAGGAACAGACAGACAAGAAAACAGGCGUCACUAUUACAAGACCAGUGAUGCUUCCCCCAAAGUCGUCACUUGGCAGAUACAUCCAUAUAUCACCGAAUAAUAAGAGCGCAACAAUUGAAUUCCCGGAGGUGAAUGCUAAUGAUGAGGCUUCGUACAGUGCAUACAAUGCUCUUAAAGACCGUUUAUACACUGUCAUAAUAGAACACCAGUAUGACCGAGUAGAACUCAACUUCACAUUUAACGGCAUCAAUAUCAAUAAACAAAUUGACGAAAUUCACGACCAUAAUGUUGCCGGUGUAGUUGGAGGUGCCCUUGGUACACUAUGCUUAUGUUUAGCUCUGGCACUAAUACUUGUUUCAUUUUUACACCGCAGGAGGAAAAGGAAAUGUGAGAUGUCAACGGACAUUAACGAUUACGCAGGUCCGGAAAUGGAAACAUCGGAAAUACAUGAAUAUAGUGCCAUGUCGGAAGUACAUGAAUAUAGUGCCAUGUCGGAAGUACAUGAAUAUAGUGCCAUUGACAGGGUCCUCGCCACACAGACAUGAUAAAGGAAUGACGCGGAUGAAAAUGAAAGAAUCGUGCCAUUUUGAUGUUUCCUUACAUGCAUCCAACAUUAAAGCCAUUAGAAAUUUUGUUUUUAAUUUCCACUAUGCUUUGUUGUUGUUAUUUCUUUUUUCUUUUAUUUUAAAUAACUUUGAUUCAUUUAUUUUCAGUGUUAAAUAUUGAAUAUUGCCUAUGUUUGUGCUACGGGACGGAAGUGACGUUACAUAUUUUAUUAUUUUUCAUGGACACAACCAACCAGCCUAAAACUUUAAAGUCUUACUUCUGCUUCCAUUGCUCUCGAGGGAUUUUAUACGGCAAAUAUAUUUCAAUCGUGUCUUCAGUAGUCCAAUGCUGCAAUUAUAUGAAACGAUAUGUAUUUUGUUGUUUUUUCUUCUUUUAUCUAUAAAACUGAUACGUGUCAUUAAAAAAAAAGACUUGAGGACAUGACAGACAUGACAAUGCGUGUUGUACAGCCU